CCCCCACAUCUCCAAUUAUAUGGAAGUUCAGGCCACAAUCCACAUGGUUAAACCUCCACCUAUAAAUUCUUAUUUCUCUUCAUUGGUAACUCAUCGUCAUCAUUAAGCUCUUUUCAUUCUUUUACCAUUGUUUUUUAGCUCACAAAAUUCUCUCUCUCUAGGCUCUAUCGUCUCUAUCCUUGUUUCAACCGAAAAAGCUGAGAAACAACCCACAGAGUUAGAACAGCUUUCUUUCUUAAUAUGCAGGAAACAGAAUUUAUCGCCGAGAGAUAAAAUUACUAUUUGGGUUUCAAUUUGAAAAUUUCCUGGUAAGCUUCACCAAUUCAAAUUCUACAAAUUUUUUAAGGGUUGAUAAUCGUCGCCACCCUAGGCCUUCCUCUGAGUUUGGGCUCCGAUGAGAAGAUUUCCUGCAAUAAUGGGUACUUUAAAAAAAAUAGAGCUUUUCAGGUGUUCUCUAUUUUUUGAGCUCCUGAACUUAAAUGAAUGCUCUUUUUCCGGUGACCGCUCAUAGUUUCAGAAUUUUACAUUUCAACCAGUCUGGGUGUAAUUGAAUUCGUAAUUAAGAAUUUUGCAGAGGUACUGAAAUUUGUUUUUCUGCGUUGGGUUGCUUCAUCAAUUAAGAACAAAAUUUUUGGACAAAUGAAGGAAACGAGUCAGACUCGUUUGCACCCAAGUUACAACCUGAUUAAAAAGCUGAAGCUAAUCUCUCUCCCCGAUAAAACGUGCGAGAUUUUAACUGUUCUUGCGAAAAUUUUAGCCCCAUUUCAUCCCCCACAUCUCCAAUUCUGUCUCAUAUCCUCAAUCUCUCUCGCCCUCUAUACUGCCUUCUUCUCCCCAAAACCCCUUGCGCUCCGUUUCCCCACUCCAAAACGGAACAACCCACAACCCGAAACCAGACUCGAUACCGGACCCACUAACAUCGCCCACAUCCUUAUGGGAAUAGGCGGAUCAGCAGCCACAUGGAACGAUCGCGUCCGAUACAGCUCUCUCUGGUGGGACACAAAGAAAACGCGAGGCUUCGUUUGGCUAGACAAAAUGCCGAAAAACAAGAACAACAGAAAAUCCGAAAUAUCGGAACCACCGUACAGGCUUUCGUCUCCAGACUGGACCCGGUUCAGAUUCUCCAGCUCGAGAUCAGCGGUCAGGAUCGCUAGAAUAAUAAGCGAUAGCUUUAAAUCGAGGCUGCCAAAUGUGAGGUGGUUCGUGAUGGGAGAUGAUGGUACAGUGUAUUUCACUGAUAACUUAGUUUCGGUGUUAGCGAAAUAUGAUCAUAAUCGGAUGUGGUAUAUCGGAGGGAAUUCUGAGAGUGUAGAGCAAGAUUUGAUGCACGCGUACGAUAUGGCUUUUGGCGGUGGAGGAUUUGCGAUCAGUUAUCCACUGGCGGAGAAAUUAGUCAACAUAUUAGACGGUUGUCUUGAUCGGUACUAUUAUUUCUACGGUUCUGAUCAAAGGAUCUGGCGUGUAUAAG